AUGCCCACAGCGGGUUCGCGCUUCGCCGCCCGCUACCCGAAGCUAAAGGCCGUCGUUGGGCUGCCAUGGGUCACGCUGCGGUGGGUUUGCUGGAGGAUCAUGCGUGGUAGGGUUGACACGUCUCUGCGAAAGCUGCCGGCCCAGCGACAACGUCCGUUGACGCCGACGCCGUCGUCGACGAUGGACAUGAAAGAUCCCGGCACCGUGGUGGCCAAGAGUGCUUUCUUCCAGAGGCUCCCGGUCGAGAUUCGACGGAGGAUCCUGAUUGAAGCGUUUGGUGGGCGGACCGUUCACAUGGACCUCAUCUACGACCACGAGCCUCGAACGCCGCGUCGUUGCAGGUGUCCCGCUCCGGAUGAGGCCAGUCCUUGGAAAGGGUACCGACACGGCGGCUUCAGCAGGGUAGACGUUCAGUACUGGCAGCCAAAACGAUGGAUGUGGCGUUCCUCCGUCUGCCAUCGAAACCCUCCCGAGCCGAACGACACGGCGUACCUGCCCCAGCCGCCCGAGGACCUGUGCCGUUUCGGGGGCGAAGAUGGCGAGGUGUGCGGUCUCUGGCCGGGUCAUGCGCCGGGAAAAUGCGGCAUCGGUGCCAUGGGAUGGCUGUUGACUUGCCGACAAGCCUACGUCGAGGGCAUCGAGGUGCUCUACGCGACAAACACGAUUCACUGCGCGAGCCAGGAGCUGCUCCUCCGGCUCGACAAGUUCCUUCUGCCGCAGAGACGAUGGAGCAUGGCCUCGGUAGAGCUCAUAUGGGAGUUUGCCGAACCGAGGCUGCAAGACACCAUCCUCGACCACGCCAACUACACCUACUUUCUGCGGACGGUGCCGACGGUGCUUCCGCGGGUCCGGUCCUUUUAUCUCUCCGUGCAGUGGCCAAAAUACUUCCCCGAGCAUGUAGGGAUCCCGGAUCCGGGCGAGGAAGAGUUCCAGACGGACGAGACGUUGAUCAUGGAGCCUCUCGAUCAUCUGGUCCGUCGACUGGGCCCGCACGUACGCGAGUGCGCCGUGGCCAUACCGAGCACCCUCUACGGGCCCCGUCGACGCAGGGCUGUCGCGGCCGGAGGAGUCGUCGAGUACGCAUGCUACGAAGGGAUCGAACGGCUCUGGCGACCGCUGAGAGGAUCGCCCCAUCGCGACGGAUACUGGUUGCGGCACGGCCACAAGAACAUUCGGGUGCCCGACGUGGACGAGCUCUCGGGCAUCACCAUGGAGGACCUUGUCUUGUACAGCAAAGAAUUGUGGUGA